UGUAGUCUACCCCCAGUAAGUGGAAUGUGUCGUGCCUAUUUCCCACGCUGGUAUUUUAACCCUGCUACCAGUCUGUGUGAAAAGUUUAUUUAUGGUGGUUGUGGUGGAAAUGAUAAUAGUUUUGAUCGUCCAGAAGAAUGCUAUAAACGAUGUAAGUCUGUAAAUUUGAAAUCUGUAAUUUCUGUGACUUGUUGUAAUUUUGUAACUUUGUAA